UAGAUUUCGUUUUGAUAGAGGAGCAUUUCAUCUCGACCACAUAAGAAUUUAGAAAGCCAUUUCGAUUCCUCCAAGCUUCCUUCCUUUUCUGCCACUGUAAUGUAACCCUCCACCGCCCCUCUCUCUAGCCCACCACCUCACCCAGAUUGCUGAAGAGGAAAAAUGUCAAUUUGUUUCUGCAGCAAUAGCUUCACACUUCGUUUAACACAGUUGCAAUGCUUCAAAAGAUACUAUCCUUCUCAGAUACCCAUCACCCAAAUUCAAUUCAAUCUCAACCCUUUUAAUCCUUCCUCAGUUUUGCCUCUGAAAUCCUCAGAACCUGCUAAGAUUAGCACUAGCAGAGGGCGGUGCUCUAUAACGGCUUCAACUACCUCAACUGUUGAGGCUGAAACUUCCCCGUCAACGUUCCGGGACAAAAACCCAAGGGACAUCAAUGUUCUGGUUGUGGGUUCGACUGGUUACAUAGGGAAAUUCGUGGUUAAGGAGUUGGUGAAUAGAGGUUUCAACGUCAUCGCCGUUGCCAGAGAGAGGAACGGAAAUAGAGGUAAGAACAGCAAGGAAGAGACAUUAGAACAGUUAAAAGGGGCAAAUGUACAGUUCUCUGACGUUACCCAUCUGGGUUCUCUGGAGAGUUGUCUUGAGAGCUUAGGAUCUUCAAUUGAUGUUGUGGUGUCUUGCCUCGCUAGCCGUAGUGGUGGGGUUAAGGACUCAUGGAAGAUUGAUUACGAGGCCACAAAUAAUAGUCUUGUGGCUGGUAGAAGACGAGGAGCUUCCCAUUUCGUUCUCCUCUCGGCAAUUUGCGUCCAAAAGCCGCUACUUGAAUUCCAGCGAGCGAAGUUGAAAUUUGAGGCUGAAUUGAUGGGAGAAGCUGAGGAAGAUGAGAAUUUCACCUACAGUAUUGUGAGGCCAACCGCAUUCUUCAAGAGCUUGGGUGGACAGGUCGAAUUGGUUAAAGAAGGGAAGCCUUAUGUGAUGUUUGGGGACGGGAAGCUAUGUGCAUGUAAGCCAAUCAGUGAGAAGGAUUUAGCUAAGUUUAUUGCAGACUGCGUUUUGAGCAAAGAUAAGAUUAACCAGGUUCUCCCAAUUGGGGGGCCUGGGAAGGCAUUGACACCACUGGAGCAGGGGGAGAUGUUGUUUAGGCUAGUGGGAAAGGAACCCAAGUUCUUAAAAGUUCCGAUUGGGAUAAUGGAUUUUGCAAUAGGGGUUCUUGAUUUUCUUGUGAAGAUCUUCCCUUCAAUGGAAGAUGCGGCAGAGUUUGGGAAAAUUGGGAGGUACUAUGCUGCUGAGAGUAUGUUGGUUUUGGAUCCGGAGACCGAGGAGUACAAUGCAGAGAAAACUCCAAGCUAUGGGAAGGACACAUUGGAAGAUUUCUUUGAGAAGGUCAUCAGGGAAGGAAUGGCUGGUCAAGAAUUGGGGGAGCAAACAAUUUUCUGAAUGCUUCCCAUGUUUGUAUGAUUUUGUAAAAUUUGGGGUCAUGGGUGCCACUGAUACCUGUCUUUGAAAGCUUAGAAAGAGGCAAUGUGGGCUUGGUAGAGUCGUCCAGAUCGAACAGUUUUGUGACACUGAUUGCUUUGAGGCAUUAGGUUCUCUGUAAGACUUUUCUUACUCUGUAAAAUUGUGAACAUAUACUCUGAAGUCUGAACUUGCUUUCAGAUUUUCACAUAAGUUUUUCCAUUUUUUGGAUGCA